GUGAAAAUGGCGUGGCAUAUCUUGUUGCUAGCGCUAUGCAUGGCGGGGGGCUGUGUGGCGGUGAGCAACGAGUCCUACCUGCUGCCCGCAGACGUGCGCCCGCGCCAUUACGACCUCCGGCUUCUCUACGAUGCCGACCCGACUACCAACUUCAGCUUUUAUGGCAUUGUCGAUAUUACUCUAACAGUAGUAAAGGCCACAUCAAAAAUAGUACUUCAUGCCCAGGAUUUCGAAAUACAAAAGGACAAAGUCUCAUUCACACACAAGUCCGCUCCAGCAGUGACGUCUGUAGAACUGAUGGCCACAUACAAUUUCCUCACUAUACAGCUGGCAGAACCGCUAAAGGCUCGUGUGAAUUACACAUUGUCUAUUCCUUUUUACGGCAACUUAAAAACUGGAUUGGACGGAGUGUAUGUAAGCACUUAUAAUGAUAAAGCCACUAAGAGUAAACAGUACCUAAUAGUAACACAAUUCGAAGCUAUUUCGGCCAGAAAAGGCUUCCCGUGUUUCGACGAGCCGAUCUAUAAAGCCACCUACCGUAUCACCAUUGGCCAUCAAAAUGAAUACAGCGCUGUCUCUAACAUGCCGCUGGAAAGCUCCAGUAAAGUAAAUGCUCUCGAGAAUUAUUGGCCUUGGUCUCAAGUUGAAAAAACAUUCAAGAAAGAUGAAUCGAUGUUUGUCUGGGACGUGUUCCAAGAGUCAGUGCCGAUGUCCACUUAUCUCGUUGCUUUCGUUGUAUCGAAAUUGGCGAAUGUUAAAAGUCCGGCAGGACUGUCCAGCACCGAAUUCCGUAUAUGGGCUAGAAAGGAUGCUAUUGACCAGACAACCUACGCAGCGACGAUAGGCCCAAAAGUGCUAUCUCAUUUCGAGAAAUUUUUCAACGUGUCCUUCCCUCUGCCGAAGCAAGACAUGUUUGCCAUUCCGGACUUCUCCGCCGGUGCUAUGGAGAACUGGGGGCUGAUUACAUACAGAGAAACUUCGCUGUUGUAUGAUAAGGAACAAUCUUCUUUUACCAAUAAGGAACGCGUAGCUGAGGUAAUAGCCCACGAAUUAGCUCAUCAAUGGUUCGGAAACCUAGUAACAAUGAAAUGGUGGUCAGAUUUAUGGCUGAACGAGGGGUUCGCGACAUUCGUGGCCUCCAUUGGUGUGAACGCCGUUGAACCGACGUGGCAAGCCGAUAUUAACAAUGCAGCUGACAAUAUCCUGAUCUUGAUGAACUUGGAUGCUUUGGAGUCUUCACAUCCGGUGUCAGUGCCCCUGGACCAUCCGGAUCGUAUCAGCGAGAUCUUCGACGAAAUUUCGUACAAGAAAGGUGCCACGCUCAUUCGGAUGAUGACAUUGUUCCUUGGACCGGACGUGUUUAGGAAAGGAUUGCACAACUACCUGAUAAAAUACUCCUAUGGCAACGCUGACCAAGACGAUCUAUGGAAGGAACUGACGGAUGUGUCAUUGGAGUAUGGAGGACUGACCAGAAACGUGACGGUCAAAGACGUCAUGGACACUUGGACCACGCAGACUGGUUACCCGCUAAUUACCGUUACACGGGACUACACAGAUAACACUUUGUUUGUUACACAAACGCGAUACCUCAGUUCUGGUAAGAAAUCACCAACUAAAGUCUCCUGGUGGAUUCCACUCAGCGUGAUGUGCGAGUCUGAAGUGGGACAAAAGCCGGACCCUGUGCAGUGGUUGGCUAACAAUGAGGGUGUGGAGACCAAGCAUCACUUCGAACACUCUGCGAACGCAAAUGAAUGGAUCAUUUUCAACCCUGAUAUGAUUGCACCAUAUCGCAUAAACUACGAUCAGCGCAACUGGAAGCUGUUGAUCAACACGCUGUCCAGCGACAAGCUCACCAACAUUCCAGUUCUCGGUCGUGUACAGGUCCUUUCCGACGCCUUCGCGCUCGCUUGGAGCGGAGAAGUCGACUACAGCAUUGCUUUGCAGGCAGCGAGUUACCUCCAACGUGAAAAAGAAUACCUACCUCUAUCUACCGGUCUCCACGCCUUAUCCAAGAUCGAAGCUCUCGUCAAACGCUCGCCGGAUUAUGGUGCGUUCCAGAAGUUCGUGCGAAAAGUUAUUGGUCAGCAGUACAAGCAGGCUGGAGGACUUUCUAUUAAGAAGAUCAUUAAUGGAGAUAACGUGAACAGCGUUAAAAUGCAGACAUUGACCAGUACCUGGGCGUGCAAAGUAAAGGUGCCCGGUUGCGAGGAGAAUGCCGUGGAGCUCCUGCAGCAAUGGAUGGAUGAGCCAGAUCCGGAUAACAACAAUCCGAUUCCUCUAGACCUUCGUCGCACAGUGUACUGCGUGGGAAUAUCCCGCGGCAGCGUACUCCAGUGGAGAUUCCUGCUAGCCCGUUUAAGUAACACCAAUGUUGCAGCUGCUCAGCAGGCGCUGCAGCAAGCCCUUGCUUGUACCAGGGAAGUCUGGAUUCUCGCACAAUACUUGGAAUGGGCGAUAACGGACAACUCAGAUGUGCGCCGACAGGACUCCGCGCGCGUGAUCACCACCAUCGCCACCUCCACCGUGGGGUACUACAUCGCCAAGGACUUCAUCUACAACCGGAUCGACGACAUCGCCAAGGCGUUCGCCGGACAAGGCCGAAGAUUGGGCUUCGUUGUAAAGGCGCUUUUGAGUCAGUUCACAACGCAGAGGGAGCUUGACGAGUUCUUGGUUUGGAAGGAUAACCACACAGACAUCCUAGCAGAGCAUCAGUUCUCGGUAACACAAGCUAUCGAGAACGCCAAAGUGAAUAUCGACUGGGUCAAUCGGAACCGCAAAUUUGUCGUUGAGAAACUUAGAGAAUUCGCCACUGACUACCACGAUUCGUUGCCAUCGCCGACAUCGCGCCGAAGCCACCAAAACUACAUACACUCCAUCUUCGCCAUACAUAACCUCACCAGUCACAUGAUACCACGCUAAUUACGAUUACCGCAGUUCGUUCACGUUUGACGAUGGAAUAGAAAUUAGAUUCAUUUGCAUUUAAAGUAAUUUUUGUAACAUUUUGUCAGUUUGUAGUUCGUAAAAAUUGUGCCAAAUUAUCAUAUUUUUUCAUGCUCAUAAAUAUUUUUAGUGGCCUUUACAAAUUUCCUUCGUUAAACGCACGCGAUUGUGUUAUUUACAUACAAACUUCAGAUUUUAAUUUUAGUUGAUAAUUUAGAUCAUUGCU